CGGAACGCUGCAUUCCCGUCUGGCUGACACUGUAGCUCCGCUCCGUUUGUCGACCGUCUGUGUUUAUCUGUUUGUCGCUACCUAUAGCUGGGUCAAAUAUGGAAGGAGAAGGGAGCCAAGCUACGUCUGGAAGCUCGACUGAUCUGCAGCACGACCCGGGGAAAAUGUUUAUCGGUGGCCUCAGCUGGCAAACUUCACCAGACAGCCUUAGAGAUUAUUUUAGUAAAUUCGGGGAAAUCAGAGAAUGUAUGGUGAUGAGAGACCCAACAACAAAGCGUUCCAGGGGCUUUGGCUUCAUCACUUUUGCAGAUGCUGCCAGCGUAGAUAAAGUCUUAGCACAGCCGCACCAUGAGUUAGACUCUAAAAUGUCUUCUUCUCUCUGCAUGUCUGGCUACCAUCAUAGCAGACUGGAGAGGCUGCUGUGUUGUCAGUCAUCUGUUGGUUCACCACUGAGACACAAAUGUCUUCAAAAUCAUAUCACUGUUCUGUGCACUCAUUUAAUGCAGGUAAUUCUUAUUUUCCACUGUGUUUCCAUAGUUUUGUGUGGGAUGCCAGACUUUAAUAGCUUGUAACAUUGUACAGGAAUGUUUUAUUUCUUAUAUAAUUUUUUUUUCUCAGAUUUUUAAACUGUUUUGGAAAAUAAAUCUUUUUGUUUUUCUGAACAAACAUCAGCCUUUUCACAUCUGAGCUAAAUCAGCUGAAAUCUGCUCAGUAUUCCAGGAUUUGAAUAGAUGUAACUAAGAUAACCUAUUAAUAAAGAAUUAUUUCCUUCAGUCAUUUUAUUUAUUUCUGUCAAAAAUAAAAGGUUUCAUGCCUGUAUCAUAUACAGUAUAUCAGUAUCAGAAUAUAUGUUGGCUGAUGAGUGCCCAGUAUCGGUGUAUGAUCAGUUAGAACUGCUACCCUCUCUGUAGAGUAUAAUGAAGCCUCUAAUACAAUUCAAAUUUUAAGCGUGAAAUUAUAGUUUCUUUUUCUUCCUUUUUUGUUUUUCCUUUGUUAUUUUAUCAUCACUGAUUUUUGUUGGAAAACACUCCAUGUAUGUUGUCAUUGUCUCUAAUGUUUAAAUGUUUUACUCUCUAAAGGUGUAGUCAGAUACACAUUUCUAAGAUGGGAGAUGUAAAUGUUGUACUGUAUUGUACAGUGUUAAAAGGUGAGGGUAAUACUGACUGAAUCAGUUGUGUGUCACACUGGCACUGAAAAGGAAAAACUGCUUUACAGUAAUUCACAAUAUGUUUUUUGCACUUUAUGGAUUGGAGUACAGUAGAUGUUUGUGGUGGUGGGAGCAGGGGUGAAUGAUACCAGUGAGAUGUGUGUAAGUGCAGGGUGAAAUAGAGCAUAUGUGGGCUCAUUACGGAGUCUUGGUUUGUGCUGGAGGUGACUGCUUGAUCUUGUUCAUCUCUGUGAAUGAUACUAAAGCCUUUACACAUUCCCUUAAACUGCUUCUCAGGUUUAUUUACAUGAAAUAAACAGAUUUUUGAAUGCUUUUAAACAGUGUCACAGUUUUUCACAGAGCCAAACUCAGAGCCAGAGAGACUGGUGGGCAGCAAAUAAUUAUGGCGAAAUAAUUUGAUACUAUUGCGGAUUGGAAAUUGCUUCGUCAUUUGGUGCUAAAUUUCGGUACCUAAGGAGUAAAUCUCAUCAGCGUCAGUCAUAGAGGCACGCAGGAAAAACUCUACAUUUCACAGAGAGAUGGGGAUUGUGUGUGUGUGUGUUUUGUAUUUUGAAAUACUUGACUACAGUGUGCUCUGCGUAGUAGGUGUAAACAUGUCUCAGGCCCAAACCCAGUGUCCACACUCACGGCCUCACAGACUUUGAGGCGUGUUCCCACUAAAUCUGUGAGGGCUCGCAGCUCUCUUGCAAAUGUUUUGCCCGGAAGUGUUAGAAAAAAAAGGGUAACAAGCAUUUUAAAUUAUGCUCAAUGAUGAUUCUUAAUAAUUCUGUUUUGACAAAAAAGUAAAUUGAUUAUUUCACAAUUAUCUCUUGUCCAAGGCAAAAACCCGGAGGACGUUCAAAUCAGGCAGUUGAUCGCUUAAGUGUCUUUUCCAUGAAGAAAGUAAAAAAAACAAUAACCAAAAUAAAAAGAUCUAAACCCAAACUAUACAUAUUUCAGUUAUGGUAAAGUGAUAUGUUUCAAAGUGUCCCAUUGCUAUUCAUACCAUUUCGAACCCUUGCAGCCUCUCGUACUCAAUCACUUACCAGGUGACAUCAAUUAAGUCUGUGAGGUUUCAGGGUUUAGGCCUUGGCUGGGGGGCCAAUUGGAUUGGGCCUAAGAGAUCAGUAGUGUGGCUCUGUUUUAUCAGAGUUAAUGUCAGUUGAACAUGAUGCAAAAGGACUUUGCUACCAAGACCAGCAACACAACCAAUUUGAUGAAACACUUGGCAGAAAAUUGCUCUGUGUUCAGCUGCAAGAAGAAGGGACCACAGCCAUCUUCCUCUCAGCAUCCCAGUCCACUUAAUGUUACAGAGCCUCCUUCAAAUUCUCCACCCCGGGAUUCCCCCUCAUCCAAGAUUACUGAGGACACCAUUAUGAGUGGGAUUUUAGCAGGUAAUGUUUAGCAAGCAUAAAAAUUUGACCAACUUAUAGACGGUUAAUUGUUUAAUGUUACUGUAACAGGUACAGUGACAUAAACUGGUAAAUAGGGUUAUUUUUUAUGUCACAAAACUGCUUUGAGUGUGUGAAAAUGCUAAUGAUAUGAAAAAAGAAAAUUAAGAAUAAGAUUUUUUCCCCGAAUGUGUAAUGUAAUUUUCUGUUUGUGGAAUGGACUGAAUAAAAUUGAUACCCUGAUGUGGUGUAACAGGGAAGACCUAGGUUUUGGAGAAUGUUUGUUUGAAGCUCUUAUGUGUGACUCUGGAAACUAUUUCUUGAUGGUAGAGAGGGAGAAGAAGUGCAGAGGCAGAGAUAAAUGUGACUAGGAAUGAACGGGGAAAUCCCAUGGUCUUUAUCCCUGUUCACUGCAUCACCAGGAUGUAC